GCGGGAGCGGGGCGGCGGCGGGCAGCACCGCGGCCCCCUCGGCCCGGCGGAGCGGUUCCCCCCGGGCUCCCCCCUGCCGCUCCCAGCAGGGCCGGUGCCGGCGGCCGCCCCCGCGGCCGCCCCGGUGCCGGCGCCAGGGCUUCCCCGGCGACGCAGGAGCCGAGGUGCAGGCGGCCCGGUUGCCCAAGAGGCUCUGCAUGGAUCAGCGCUUCCUGCUCCUCCUCUUCCUCCCGGCACGGGUGACAGCUCCCAAGAUGUCCCUCUGGAGCAUCGUCUCCCAGAUGCCGCCAGAGGAGUUUGGCGGCCUCUUCGCGGAGUUCCCCCGCAGCCUGCGCUGCCUCCUGGCCGACUGGCUGGAGAACCAGCCCUGGGAGUUCCUCCACGGCUCAGACACCUUCUGCGCCAGCGUGGCCAGCGGGAUGCUCUCGGCCAUGCUGGAGAAGCUCCGGAGCGCCGCCGGCAGCGACGGGCAGCAGUGCCAGAUCCUGCAGCAAGUCAACAGCCUCGAGGUGCGGGGCCAGAGCACCUAUCGGCGCGACCCGCUGAGGCUGGUGGCCGUGCUGAAGGGCAUCCUGGAGGGCGAGAAGGCCGCGGUGCUCAAGAGGGACCGGCACCUGCCCCUCAGCUUCCACCGGCGGCAGGAGGAGCUGAAGUUCGGCCUGGGGCUGCAGCGGCUGCAGCACCGGGUCCGCGAGAUCCAGGCGCUGCGGGAGCGGAGCUCGCAGCUGCGGGACGGCGCCGGAGCCUCCCUGCCGCUGGCUCUGCGGGACCCGCAGCUGAAGACGGAAGGGAAGCCGCCGGAGAGCGAGCUGCCCGCCCUCGUCCUGGAGACCGCGAAGGAGCUGGAGGCGGCCAAGCAGCAGGUGCUGAAGAGGAUCCAGAUCUGGAAGAGGCAGCAGCAGCUGGCGGGCAACGGGGCCGCCUUCGAGGAGAACCUCACCCCCUUGCAGAAGAGGUGCGAGAGCCUGGUCGAGGUGUAUUUCCAGCUGCACCAGCAGGUGCUGGCGGCCAGCGCGGAGCUGGGCUCCGAGCUGCUGCCCCGGCUCCUGGAGCGCUUCACCGAGGUGUUGACCAGCCUGGUGAAAAGCUCCUUCCUGGUGGAGAAGCAGCCCCCGCAGGUGCUCAAGACCCAGACCAAGUUCCAGGCGAGCGUCCGGUUCCUGCUGGGCCCGCAGCUGCUGAAGACCUCGGCCAAGCCUUACGUGGUGCGCGCCGACAUGGUGACGGAGAAGCAGGCACGGGAGCUGGCGCUCAGCGCCUACAGCAACACGCUCAGCGAGAGCACAGGGGAGAUCAUGCACAACGUGGUGGCCCUGGAGACCAACCCCACCAGCGUGACCUGCUGCGCCAACUUCAAGAACGUGCUGCUGAAGAAGAUCAAGCGCUGCGAGCGGAAGGGGUCCGAGUCGGUGACAGAGGAGAAAUGCGCCGUCCUGUUCAGCACCACCGUGGCCCUCACCCCCAGCAACCUCACCGUCCACCUCCAGGUGCUGUCCCUGCCCAUCGUGGUCAUCGUCCACGGGAACCAGGACAACAACGCCAAGGCCACGGUGCUGUGGGAUAACGCCUUCUCCGAGAUCGACCGGGUGCCCUUCGUGGUGGCCGAGCGGGUGCCCUGGGAGAAGAUGUGCGAUACACUGAACCUGAAGUUCAUGGCGGAGGUGCAGACCACCAAGGGGCUCCUCAAGGAGCACUACUUCUUCCUGGCCCAGAAGAUCUUCAACGACCACAGUGCCAGCCUGGAGGACUUCCAGAGCCGCAGCGUCUCCUGGGCCCAGUUCAACAAGGAGAUCCUGCCCGGCCGGGGAUUCACCUUCUGGCAGUGGUUCGAUGGAGUCCUCGACCUCACCAAGAGGUGCCUCAAAAGCUACUGGUCAGACAGGCUCAUCAUCGGCUUCAUCAGCAAGCAGUACGUCUGCAAGCUCCUGAGCACGGAGCCCGACGGUACCUUCUUGCUCCGCUUCAGCGACUCCGAGAUCGGGGGUGUCACCAUCGCUCACGUCAUCCGGGGCAAGGAUGGCUCCAGCCAGGUGGAGAACAUCCAGCCCUUCUCGGCCAAGGACCUCUCCAUCCGGUCCCUCGGCGACCGCAUCCGCGACCUGGGGCAGCUCCGGAACCUCUACCCCAACACCCCCAAGGACCAGGCCUUCGGGAGUCACUACAACAAGGAGCAGACGGGCAAGGACGGCCGAGGCUACGUCUCCACCGCCAUCAAGAUGACAGUGGAAAGCGAAAGGGAGCAGCAGCUGCCGGGCGCCGCCGGGGCCCCCCCCGAGGCCGCCCCCACGCAGAUGUUUGGCCUGCCGGUGCUGCGGCCCGAGCUGCAGCACGAAAACCUGCAGACGGUGCUCAGCCCCAUCUGCCCCCCUGCGCCCUUCUGCCCCCAGCCCGGGCCCCCCAGCUACCCCACAGGCGAGGGCAGCAUGAACAUGAUGGUCUCCGACAUCGGGUCCUCCUUCCCCAGCACGUCCCCGAUGCUCUCGCCAGCCCUGGCCAUGGACCCCGCGCUGCCCCACUGCCCUGAAGCCUUCGGGAACCCGCCACUGUCCAUGAGCUUCAUGCCCGGCCAGUUCCUGCCGGCGGAGCCCCCGCAGCUGCUGCCCGGCGGCCCCUCGCCGGAGCCGCAGGACGAGGAGAUGCCCGAGAUGGGCCUGUUCCUGCCGCCGCCGCCGCUGCUGGAGCCGCCGCCGCAGGGCUCCCCGAGGUGGAUGGCGCCCGGCAUGGAGCUGCCGCCGAGCGCCGACUUCGAGCAGUUCCUGCAGGAGAUGUCACUGGAGGGCUCCUCGCUGGGCCCCCCCUUCGCGGCCCCCCCGCCGCGCGGCACCUACCCCAGCCCCAGCCCCCCGUGCUGGGGGCUGGCGGAGGCCCGCUGGGACGACGGCGUCCGGCCGGGGCAGGCGUGAGCCCCGCGGGGCAGCCGUGCCCCCGACGCCUCCGCCUCUGGUUUCCCGGACUCGAUGCAACUUGUGCCGGGGUGGAAACUCUGGCGGGGGAGGGAUUUUCCGCGGGGGGGGGCAGCGCUGGGUGACGCCCUGCUCCCCCCCCCACCUGCGUCUAUGCUGCACUUUGGAUACAGCUGCCGCCGGCGGGGCGCCGCGGCCGCGGGGGGGGCGCCGGGCCGGGCGAGCCGCGGGGGCGGCAGCCGUGCCCGGGGGCUGCCGCAGCUGGGGACACCGGCCCCGCACGCCCCGCGGCCCGGCGCCAGGCUGAGGCAGGGAGUGGGGAGCCUGGGGGUGUGGGGCAGGGAGAUAAGCCAUAAAAUAAAGUUUUAUUCCAAAAUAACAAAAUAAAUAAUCUACUGUACACGUUACAAA